AUGAUUAUCGAUGCAAAGGAAAGCAAGAACAACAAUUGUGGUGAUAGCAAAGAUAUGGAAGAGGACAGAUUGAGCUCCCUCCCCGAUGCCAUCCUGGUCGAUAUUCUCUCUCGUCUUACCAUUCACUUGGCUGCCACCACAACUAUUCUAUCACAUCGAUGGAACGGUCUAUGGAACCAGGUCACAUCUGUUCGGUUGGAUACCAACACUUUCGCCCGGGAUUCCUUUGCCCUAACCCUCGGCAAAGUUCUUAAUUGUUUUCACUCUCCUAUCAUCGAUGACAUCUUAAAUUCAUUCACUGCAAACGGCUGCAGCUCAUCUUCUUUACCUGGCAUCUAUGACAUGAUAGAAAAACUCAAUUCCCCUGUAAUUAACUCACUACAAAUUUAUGUUCCUUUACCGCAACAUUGGAGUUUUCCUUGGCGCUUCUACCAGUGGUAUUUUACUGAUUGGAUUAAACAAAUGUUUGGUCGAUGUGUUAUUAAGAAAUUCAAGAUGAGGUUUGAAAAACCUGAUGGUGGGUUUAGAAUUAUGAUUCCGUUGUGUGUGGUUCAAUGUCAAUUCUUGGUAGAGCUUGAGUUAGAUCAAUGGUGUGGGUGUCAAUGGUUGGGCGGUGAGAAUCUACGCCUUCCUAAAUUGAAGAAGCUCGUUAUCUCUUCGAUUGAUUCUCCAAUCGUGUGUCGACUAAUUAAAUCUUCCCCGUUAUUGGAACAUCUGGAAUUGCAGGUGCUUGCUCUUCUUCCUGAAGAUAACCAUGUCAUUGAUAUAUCAGCUCAGAAUUUGAAACGGCUGUUUAUCCGGACUAAGCAUUCAAUUAAUAACUUAGAUGUAACGAUUGAUGCACCCAAACUCGAACAUGUUUGGCUUUGGGAUAUUGAUUGUAUUACAAAAUAUUGUUUCUUGAAGAAAUUGAACAAUUUGGUUGACGUGACCGUCUGUCAAGUGAACUACAGUAAUCACCUUGUAAAUGCAGCGAAAACACUCCAACUCCUCCGAGCUAUGUCUAGUGUUACAGAACUUAGUAUCGUUGGUCACGGUCCUACAAGUACGGUUGAUGGGACUCUUCCAAUUUUCAAUCAUCUUACCUGCUUGAAUGUGUUUGUUUUAUCGAAGGAACACUGGAAAGGUUUGAUUCAAAUUCUUCGUUACAUGCCUAAUCUAAGUCGUCUGGGCUCUAAUAUAAAAAUUAAAGGAAUAGGUGGUCAAGAGGUAGAGGAUGAAGACACGAUGAAUUGGGUGGAACAUGAUCCUGUUCCUAGUUGUUUAUCCACAAAGGUCAAGGGUAUGAAGCUGAUUAUCACGUCAGUUAACGGAGUUAAACACGAGUUAGAGGUGUUACGUUACAUUCUACGAGUAGCCAAUGUUCUGAAGACCCUUAAAAUCGUCUAUGUCACUGGUCCAGAAACUAAACAGCUUCAACGGCGUAAGGAAGUGGAAUUAAGCGAGGAAUUGUACAAGUUCCCUAGGAGCUCUUCACUAUGUGAAAUUACUAUUCAGGCAGUUACUACACUAAAGUUUGUACCUAAUGAGCUAUGGCCAUGGAAUUUACUGUCAAUAAAACAUACCUAA